CAUGACCCUUUCUUUUCUCUGUUUAAUAAAGGGGGAGAAAAAAAAGAAUGCAAGCCUUCAGGCACUUAUUGGGUGCCACGCACUACUCCAGGUGAUGGAUCAUGUCAUUGCCCAGAUCAGUCUUUCCAUGGCUAUGGAUUCAACACCUCCAACCCCUAAAGAAGAGCUUUCGAGAUUCUAUCAAGUGAAUUUUGCAUGACUCUACUGUGUAUCACCCAGUGAACUUUGCCAACCUCUGUCAGGGUUUGCCAGCCAGCCCUCUGUCUGUACAGCCCCAUCUCCAGGUCUCUGAGUUUGCACGGCCGCCAUACAGGCCUCCCCUGGGCUUGUCAGGGUGGCCCCUUUUUGUCCACACUAGAAUAAUCAUGGGCCAGACUGGGAAGAAGUCUGAGAAGGGACCGGUGUGUUGGAGGAAGCGCGUGAAAUCCGAGUAUAUGCGGCUGCGGCAGCUCAAGAGGUUCAGGCGAGCCGACGAAGUGAAGAGUAUGUUUAGUUCCAACCGUCAGAAAAUUUUGGAAAGAACGGAAAUCUUAAACCAAGAAUGGAAACAGCGAAGGAUACAGCCUGUGCACAUCCUGACUUCUGUGAGCUCAUUGCGCGGGACCAGGGAGCUCCCAGUGGUCCAGCCACACAGUCGCCUAUUGUACCAGCUGGUUGAUUGUUCGGUGACCAGUGACUUGGAUUUUCCAACACAAGUCAUCCCAUUAAAGACUCUGAAUGCAGUUGCCUCAGUGCCCAUAAUGUACUCUUGGUCUCCCCUGCAGCAGAAUUUCAUGGUGGAAGAUGAAACUGUUUUACAUAACAUUCCUUAUAUGGGGGAUGAAGUUUUAGACCAGGAUGGGACUUUCAUUGAAGAACUAAUAAAAAAUUAUGAUGGGAAAGUACACGGGGAUAGAGAAUGUGGGUUUAUAAAUGAUGAAAUUUUUGUGGAGUUGGUGAAUGCUCUUGGUCAGUACAAUGAUGAUGAUGAUGAUGAUGAUGGAGAUGAUCCUGAUGAAAGAGAAGAGAAACAGAAAGAUCUGGAGGAGAACCGAGACGAUAAAGAAAGCCGCCCACCUCGGAAAUUUCCUUCUGACAAAAUUUUUGAAGCCAUUUCCUCAAUGUUUCCAGAUAAGGGCACAGCAGAAGAACUAAAGGAAAAGUAUAAAGAGCUCACUGAGCAGCAGCUCCCAGGGGCACUUCCACCUGAAUGUACCCCCAACAUAGAUGGACCAAAUGCUAAAUCUGUUCAGAGGGAGCAGAGCCUGCAUUCAUUCCACACGCUCUUCUGUAGGCGGUGUUUCAAGUACGACUGCUUCCUACACCCUUUUCAUGCCACACCCAACACUUACAAGCGGAAGAACACGGAAACGGCUCUGGACAACAAGCCUUGUGGGCCACAGUGUUACCAGCAUUUGGAGGGAGCGAAGGAGUUUGCUGCCGCCCUCACUGCCGAGCGGAUCAAGACACCUCCCAAACGCCCCGGAGGCCGGAGACGAGGGAGACUCCCCAACAACAGCAGCAGGCCCAGCACCCCCACCAUCAAUGUGCUGGAGUCAAAGGACACAGACAGUGACAGGGAAGCUGGGACUGAAACAGGUGGCGAGAACAACGAUAAAGAAGAGGAAGAGAAAAAAGACGAAACUUCCAGCUCCUCUGAAGCGAAUUCGCGGUGUCAAACGCCAAUAAAGAUGAAGCCGAACAGUGAACCCCCCGAGAAUGUGGAGUGGAGCGGAGCCGAGGCCUCCAUGUUCCGGGUCCUCAUUGGCACCUACUACGACAACUUCUGUGCCAUUGCCAGGUUAAUUGGGACCAAAACCUGUAGACAGGUGUACGAGUUUCGAGUCAAAGAGUCCAGUAUCAUAGCUCCAGCUCCUGCCGAGGAUGUCGACACUCCACCAAGGAAAAAGAAGAGGAAACACCGGUUGUGGGCUGCACACUGCAGAAAGAUACAGCUGAAAAAAGACGGCUCUUCUAACCACGUUUACAACUACCAGCCCUGCGACCAUCCUCGGCAGCCUUGUGACAGUUCGUGCCCUUGUGUGAUAGCACAGAAUUUUUGUGAAAAGUUUUGUCAGUGUAGUUCAGAGUGUCAGAACCGCUUUCCUGGCUGCCGCUGCAAAGCGCAGUGCAACACCAAGCAGUGCCCCUGCUACCUGGCCGUCCGGGAGUGUGACCCCGACCUGUGUCUGACGUGCGGGGCCGCGGACCAUUGGGACAGCAAGAACGUGUCCUGCAAGAACUGCAGCAUCCAGCGGGGCUCCAAGAAGCAUUUAUUGCUAGCACCAUCUGAUGUGGCUGGCUGGGGGAUUUUCAUCAAAGAUCCUGUACAGAAGAAUGAAUUCAUCUCAGAGUACUGUGGAGAGAUAAUUUCUCAAGAUGAAGCUGACAGAAGAGGCAAAGUGUAUGAUAAAUACAUGUGCAGCUUUCUCUUCAACUUGAACAACGAUUUUGUGGUGGAUGCAACCCGCAAGGGUAACAAAAUUCGUUUUGCAAAUCAUUCAGUCAAUCCAAACUGCUAUGCAAAAGUCAUGAUGGUGAAUGGCGAUCACAGGAUAGGGAUCUUUGCGAAGAGAGCCAUCCAGACUGGUGAAGAACUGUUUUUUGACUACAGAUACAGCCAGGCCGACGCCCUGAAGUACGUGGGCAUCGAGCGAGAGAUGGAGAUCCCUUGACGUCCGCUACCUCCU